ACCCUCCUUUUGGCUGGGGAAUGAGACCCUGAAGGUGCCUGUAGAGCUCUUUGCCUUAAAUAGAAGACGACUGUGUGACCGCCUGAGACAGAAUAAGGAUGUCCAGAAGAACUCGGUUGUUUUGCUGCAAGGCGGAGAAGAAACCCAGAGAUACUGUACUGAUACUGGUAUUGUGUUUCGGCAGGAAUCUUACUUUCACUGGACUUUUGGAGUAACUGAAGCAGGCUGCUUUGGAGCAGUAGAUGUUGAUACUGGAAGAUCCAUGCUUUUUGUUCCACAACUCCCUGAAAGCUAUGCAGUUUGGAUGGGAAAGAUUCAUCCCCCUGAAUUCUUCAAGAACAAAUACGCUGUGGAUGAAGUACACUAUGUGACUGAGAUAUCCAGUGUCUUGGCUUCAAAGAAACCUGCUGUGCUUCUUACUUUGCGUGGUGUUAAUACUGAUAGCGGAAAUGUCUCCAAAGAAGCUUCAUUUGAGGGAAUCAGCCAAUUUAAUGUGAACAACAAAAUUCUUCAUCCUGAAAUUGCAGAAUGUCGUGUGAUUAAGACAGACAUGGAGUUGGAAGUUCUGCGCUACACCAAUAAAAUCUCCAGUGAAGCUCAUAAAGAGGUGAUGAAGGCAGUAAAAGUGGGAAUGAAAGAAUACGAGAUGGAGAGCCUGUUCCAGCACUACUGCUAUGCGCGAGGUGGCAUGCGCCACACUUCCUACACUUGCAUCUGUGGCAGUGGGGAGAACUCAUCUGUUUUACACUACGGCCAUGCUGGAGCCCCAAACGAUAAGACUAUUGAAGAUGGAGACUUGUGCCUGUUUGAUAUGGGAGGAGAGUAUUACUGCUAUGGCUCCGACAUCACCUGCACCUUCCCUGCAAAUGGAAAGUUCACUCCUGACCAGAGGGCUAUUUAUGAAGCGGUGCUGAAGUCAUCACGGGCUGUAAUGAAAGCAGUCAAGCCAGGGGUCGCCUGGCCUGAUAUGCACCGUCUGGCUGACAGAGUCCAUCUGGAGGAGUUGACGAAAAUUGGCAUUCUGAAAGGCAGUGUGGAUGACAUGGUGAAGGUUCAUCUGGGUGCAAUAUUUAUGCCACACGGACUUGGACAUCUACUUGGAAUCGAUGUGCAUGAUGUUGGAGGCUACCCAGAGGGGGUGGAGCGCAUCGACCUGCCGGGGCUGAGGAGCCUGCGCACCGCCCGCAGGCUGGAGCCGGGCAUGGUGCUCACCAUUGAGCCAGGCAUCUACUUCAUCGACCACCUGUUAGACCAAGCCCUCCAUGAUACUGCGCAGUCCUGUUUCAUCAACAAUGAUGUCCUUCAGCGCUUUAGAGGAUUUGGUGGGGUCCGGAUCGAGGACGACAUCGCAGUGACAGCCAGUGGAAUGGAGCUGCUAACGUGCGUCCCACGUACCGUUGAAGAAAUAGAGGCUUUCAUGGCAGAAGGCCAAAGCAGUGCCAAGUCAUUUGGUGGCCUUUCCAGCCAAAAGCAGUAA